ACGAGCCUUCGCUUCGCUUCGCCUCAGUGCCGCGCCUACGUUCUGAGGGGGCACACGUCGUUUUUAUUCAACUCCAUGUUAAGAUCUAUUUGCAAUUUAAGUAAUUCCGUGGCCGCUGUUAAAACUUCAGCAAGGAUGACGAGCGUACACAGCGCAUGGAAGGAGGAGGUGUACGACAUCCCGAUCUCGGUGCUGAUCCGGCCGUUCAUCCCCGAGCUGGACGAGAACAAGGUCCUGUCGCUUAUGGAGACUAUUAAGAAAGAAGAAGAAGCCGGCAACGUACCCCCUAUAGACGUGCUUUGGAUCAAAGGCUCCCAAGGCGGGGACUACUACUACAGCUUCGGGGGCUGCCACCGGUACGCGGCGUACACUCGGCUGCGGCGCGAGACCAUCCCGGCCAAGCUCAUACGGUCCACCUUGACUGACCUACGGACGUAUCUGGGUAGUAGCACGCCCGACUUGAAGUAGACUUACUGCCUUAUAUUACUACAGCUUCGCGGGCUGCCACCGGUACGCGGCGUACAGUCGCCUGCGGCGUGAGACAAUCCCGGCCAAGCUCAUACGGUCCACCCUGACUGACCUACGGACGUAUCUGGGUAGCAGCACGCCCGACUUGAAGUAGACUUACUAAGUACCUAAUAACCUUUACUCGGAACCCGUUUUCAAGGGUACUUUGUUAUGUUAUAUAUGUACAUAAUUUAUGAACGCGUUAAAAAUGACAUAAAUGUUGUUAAGAAACUAGUGAUAAGAUAUAACUUCUGUUAAGCUUGUAAAUACAUAAUCUAACCUCAAA